AUGGAUUCACCUAUUGCGAAAGCUUUUGACAUGCAAACUAUAACACAAUUAGAUGCUGAGAUUGCUAGGAUGUUUUAUACUGGGGGUUUGCCUUUUAAUCUUGCUAGAAACCCAUAUUAUCUGAGUUCUUAUUCAUUUGUUGCUAACCAUCCACUAGGUGGUUAUGUGCCUUCGGGUUAUAAUAAGUUAAGGACCACAUUACUUCAACAAGAAAAGACAAAUGUUGAAAAAUUGCUAGAACCUAUUAAAAGCACUUGGUUGGGAAAAGGUGUUAGCAUUGUUACUGAUGGUUGGAGUGAUCCACAAAGAAGACCCUUGAUUAAUUUUUUGGUUGUUUCUGAAAAUCGUCCAAUGUUUAUCAAAUCUAUGAAUUGUUCAAGUGAAGUAAAGGAUAAACAAUUUAUUGCUAUUUUGAUGAAAGAGGUAAUAGAUGAAGUUGGUGACCAAAAAAUUGUACAAAUCAUUACUGAUAAUUCUGCUAAUUGCAAGGGAGCUGGGAAAAUCAUUGAGGGUAUGUUUCCACAUAUUUAUUGGACUCCUUGUAUUGUCCAUACACUUAAUCUUGCUUUGAAGAAUAUAUGUGCAGCUAGGAAUUUAGAAAGUAAUCAAGAGACAUAUGAUGAGUGUCAUUGGAUCACUGAAGUGCAUGGAGAUGCUUUGGUCAUAAAAAAUUUUAUAAUGAAUCAUUCAAUGAGAUUGGCCAUGUUCAAUCAGUUUAGUUCUUUGAAGUUGCUUGUAGUUGCUGACACUCGAUUUGCUUCUAUUGUUGUUAUGCUUAAAAGAUUUAAACUUCUUAGACAUUCACUUGAAGCAAUGGUUAUGAGUGAUGAAUGGGCACAAUAUCGAGAUGAUGACCAAGGAAAAGCUCGAUUUGUUCGUGAAUGA